AUGGCGGUUCGGCGCUCUGCUCGCCUACGCAGCUCAUCGUCCUCCGAGGCUCUUGACUCGGCCCCGCAGCCUAAUGUCUCGACCUCGCUGGCGUCGGUUGAUGAGCAGGAUGAAACUGGGAGCAACGAUGACUCGACCGUCCGUACCCCUGUCGCCAAAAAGACAUCUGUCAAGACUCCCAAGACGGCGCCUCAGUUUUUGACCACUGCACGCACUCCAACUAGUACCUCCACCGUCCGCCCCUCCCGAGAGGAGAUGCAUCCCAGCAAGGCACACCAGAGCACCACCAAGCAGGUUGACUCUGGUAUGAUCCUUGGUUUCAACCCCGUCAAGCGGGAUGCCGAUGGCAAGAUCCUGACUGGAGCGGCUAUUGAGACUACGCCUUCCAAGCUCAAAUCCUCUCCAGCCCUUACCCAGUUCGGCACUCCAGGUUAUGAUAUCAAGUUCGGGCAGGAAGCUCAGCUCAGUGAUGAAGCUAAGCAGUUGAUGGACCGCGUUCGCGAGGAGGCCAAGCAAAUCAAGGAAAAGAUGUUGUUUGAAAAAUCACAGCAGGAGGGAAAGGAUGCCGCCGCCGAACGGUCCAACGGAGGGCGAAAGAUUGCCCAGCCCAAGGGCAAGGCUGGCCGUUUCAGCGACAUUCACAUGGCGGAAUUCAGAAAAAUGGAUUCCAUUGCUAACCACGCCUCGUCUUUCCGUGCCACGCCAGGGCGCUUCCAGCCAGUUGGAAAAUGUUUGAAACGCACCAAGUCCAAGGCACAGCUCGACGAGCCCGAAGCUCAAGACCAGUCACCGUCCCGCUCUACAUCUUCGAAGAGACCAACCUCGGCUGUCACUACGCCUACUGGCGCAGCCAAGCGUACCAAGUACAACCCGGUCGAGGAUGUCCCGGCCAGCCCUGCUCCCGCUGAGAAGAAGCCAGGCACUGCCCAGAAGCCGGCUGCUCGAUCUAUGACUCGCGCUACCGCCCGUCCUGCAGGCCCACGCUCCGCGUCCUCCGUUCGCAGUUCCCUCAUGACUCCUACUCGCGCCUCGAUUGCACGUAACACAGCCGGCAGCAUGAGCCUUAAGGCUCCAAAGACCUCGCUGAUUCCUUCCCUGGCACGGUCUCCCUCGACUCAAGGCCUAGCCUCUCCACGAACCCCCAGGACCGAUUUCAACCCUCGGAUCAAGGGAAAUCUCCCCGGCCUUGGCAACCUGAAGUCAAUCCUGCGCAAGCGGCAGCCGCUCUUCUCUCGUGACCCAGCAAAAAUUGCAGCGGGAACCCACGUGGCAGCUCCGGAUUUCAAGCCUGACUCGCUCUUUGCCAGCAAGGGUGAUACCGAGGAUACCGUGGCAACCCCCUCGCCAAAGAAGCACGUCGCAUUUACUCCAAUUGUUCAGCCUCGAUCUCAACUGGCUCAAACCUCGCCUUCCAAUUCCAAGCUUCCUACAACUCCUUCUCGCUCCAACCUUUCUGAAGUCACCUACCCUACCCUGCCCACUCUCACUCCAGAGGCCCAGCCGGCGAUCGAGGACGCUGCCUUGGAUCAGCUCCAGUCGCCUACCAUUCGGCAUGUGCGUAGAUCUUCUGGCAACCAAGAAACCGCUUAUCCUGAGCUUCAUGUGACUGAGGUCCCCGUUGUUGCUCAUGGUAUCGCUCAUGGAAUCGGAAACAAAAAGCGGCACCGUGAUGAGGUCGACGAUGACAAUAUUCCCAACGCUGAUAACCGGGAGAAUGUGCCCCCCAGCUGA